GGCGGCCGGGAGGGGCAACUUCUGCCGGGAAAGCGCUUCCCGCCGAGCCCCGCGCGCCGCGGCCCCAGGCGGCUCUUCCCCGCGCCGGCCUCCCCCGCGGAGCCGGGGCCGGACCUUGGUCCCGGCGCCCCCGCCGCGGUGACCCGCCGCCGGCCGCCGCGCCAUGGAGUUCUCGGAGAGGAAGCGGAGCAGGAAAUCCCAGAGCUUCAAACUGCCCAGCCGAGAUUACCACCAUGAGGUGUAUAAGAUGUCAGAAUUCAACAGUGAUGUCAACGGGGAGGCCAAAGAGACACAGUCCAUUUUCUUAGGAGGUGAAAGCAUGGAAAUUAAAAAACAAAUUACAGGAAUGAGAAGAUUGCUGAAUGACAGCACUGGGAGGAUCUAUCAGCGUGUUGGCAAGGAAGGAGAGAAGUUAAAAGAAGAACCCCAGGAUUUGGACUCGGUCUGGCCUCAGCGUUUGAACUCCUCUGCUGAGGCCCCCCCGAGCCUCCCCCCUUCUUCUCGGGGUGCUUGGAGUGAGUUCCCGGCCCAGAGCGGCCAGUUCUCAGGGCAGCCUGGCCCCCGCUCGAGAACCUUCCAGAGUCAGCCCCACACUGCUGGGAGCUCCAACGGAGAACUUCCAGUGGUAAAUUCAUCAGUUGGAUCAAACUGCUGCACUUGUAACUGCCAGUCAACAUUGCAGGCCAUUCUCCAAGAACUCAAGACCAUGCGGAAAUUAAUGCAAAUUCAAGCAGUUGGAACCCCAAACCGACAACAACCCCCAAUUUCCCUUGUAUGCUCCCAGCGAACUGCUGUCUCACGCAAGAGAAACAAAAAGAAAAAAGUGCCCCCAAAGGCCGCUGAACUUCUUACUGUGAAGCAGAAGCCCAGUGUGGUAGAGACUGCGAAGAAGACAGGGGUGGCCUCAGAGCCGUCGGCCCCCCAGGCAGCUGAGCGCACCUCCUCAGGGGAGAACCACGUCCUAGGGUUUGGCAUUGUUCUGGAAUCGCCUUCCUCAGAUCCAGAAGUGCAACUUGCUGAAGGCUUUGAUGUGUUUAUGCCUAAAUCUCAGCUGGACUCUAUAUUGUCAAACUACACUCGCUCAGGAAGCCUUCUCUUUAGAAAACUGGUGUGUGCGUUUUUUGAUGACAAGACUUUGGCUAACUCCUUACCCAAUGGGAAGAGGAAAAGAGGACUCAAUGACAACCGGAAAGGACUAGACCAAAAUAUUGUGGGUGCAAUAAAAGUCUUCACAGAAAAGUACUGUACUGCUAAUCAUGUGGAUAAACUUCCUGGCCCGAGAGACUGGGUACAGAUUCUACAGGAUCAAAUUAAACUGGCCAGAAGGAGGUUAAAAAGAGGCUCAGCAGAGGUAGCUGACGGUGAUGAAAGACUGGACAGCAUCUCUCUACCACCAACAGGUAAAACAGCCUGAGGUCCAGAAACACUAAAAUGGCUUUCUCAAGGUCUCACAGCUGUUGAUGGCCUCUCCAGUCAUUACACCGCAUAGCUUCCUCACACCCAAGCCAAAGCCAGCUUUCCUCGGCAUGUUUCUUAAAGAUCCUGAGUCCAUGGAUGUGCUAAUCCCUUCAGGAUUCCCUCUCUCUGUCCCAUAGUCUCCACAAUUAAAAUGCCCAUCGUCAGUCCCCCGAAGUCCACUGCAGAUUCAAACUCGUGGAAUUCUUUCUGGAAUGUUGCCCAGCACUGUGAGGUUAUAAGGAAGACAGGAGUAGAAUGGCGCUAUAAGUCUUUCAGUAGACUCUUGGCAGACAUUUAACAAACUACCAAACAGCAUGAUGAAAAAGAAAUACUGUUUAUCAUUGAGAAAAGAAUUUCCAGAUUGGUGCCCAAACUUUGUAGUAAUGAAAUUAAAUAAUUUUGAUGAGAAUAGCCUGUCUCUUGAUUGCCACCAAAGUAAAAUCCCAGUCUGGUGGCUUCUCUGAAUACAAGGCCAUUACUAACCUCUCCCUCCCUGCGUGCUCCCCCAGGAGAGCCCACCUUACUUGUGCAGGCGCUUCUGCCUGGGGUUUGAGGCUCACUGGCCAGACUUCCUUCAGCGUGUUUAUCUGAGCUGUUAAAGAUUUAACAAUGCUUUUAUUAACUUUGGGGCUUUUCCUCUUCCCAAUUCAUGUAUAUUGAGGAGGGUAGAGGGGAGUGUAAAUGUAUGAAUCAGAAUCUAGAAGAUCAGGGUUACAGUCUGGCAGCCAAAUGGAACUUGUUUCAAUCCAUUUCAUUUAAGCAAACUUGUGUGUCUAGACUUAACAAAAAUGGUUAGAGAUUUUAUAGUGGAGAAACAUUUCCUUAAUGUCUUUUCCCUCAGCCCUGUCAGUGAGCAUGUUGGAGCAGCUCCCAGGAAUCAGCUCUGUAUUAGGUUGUGGGGAACAGACACCGCCCUCAGGGCCCCGCCCACUGCGAUGGGCCGAGGCCAACCACUGCAGCCUGGUGUGGAGAGUGUGGCUGAUGAUGGCAAAAGCCUUCCAGGACUUGGGGGCAAUUUGUUGUGGAAAAAAAGAGCAUAGAGGAAGUAAAAUCGUAGCAGUGCUUCCUAAAAUGUGAUAAGGAGGCUUCUGAAUUCGAAAUAGAGUAGUGCAGAGCUCAGCUGGGCCUACUAGUCUUUGUCAUCAAUUGUCAUUCCUUUACAUAUGUUUUAAACAUUAACAAAGAAAAGUGUAAGGGAGAAAAUGUAAAUUAAUUUUACCACCCAGAGACAAUAAUUAUUGGGUAUUUUCCCUCCAGACUUUUCUCUAUAUUUGAUUUGGCCAAUGGAGAUCAAAUAUACAAAUUUUUAUUUCCUGAGUUGGAUUUUUUAACCUAAUAAGCACUUUUAAUUUUAAUUGAAAAAUUACAGUUUUUCAUACAUGUUACGUAUUUGAAUAGCUGAAUGAUCAUCUGUUUUACAGGUAAAUUAUAUUUUAUUUGGCUCUUUUCUGUUCCUGGACAACAUAUGGACAUUCUCUAAUAGUGACACACAUUCAAGGGCUUCCUUGCAAAAAUAAUCAUUAGAAAUUUCUAAUGGCUAAAAUUGUUUAUUUAGCACAACUACAGUCUUGGAACACAGACACCUUACCAACACCAUUCUUCACGUAUACAGACUACCUCCAGCCAUGUCAGGGACGUGUACAACUGCUUUCAGAGGAGUGCCCCCUUCACUCUCUUUCUCUGUUGUAGGUAACAUAUUUGACACCAGGAGAGGAAACAAAGAAGACACAGAGCCAGAUUUCACUGCCUAGACUUCCAUUUAGUGACAAUGCUCAUUAGCAUACGCACCUUUUCCCUUUGAAUUUCCUCAGAGAUCCAUUAGCAUUUCAGAGUGCUGCAGAGUGUGAGUGUUCUGUGAAGUUUACCUGUCCUGUUUGAGUAGUUUUGAUGUACUAUCUUUGUCAACUGUGAUAAGCAAGCCUCCAAUUUGGUAUAAGAUUUUUAAAAAUCAUUCCUAGAGUUGAUUUAUCACCCUUGAAGUCCAACAUCUGAUCCAGUUCAUUGUCCAUUAAAAAUAAGCAGCUCUCUCUUCCCUGUUUUUGUCCAUAACCUCAAUGUGAACAUUUGGAGUUUCGAAGAAUACAGCAUUUAUUUUAGCAAAAUUGCUUAGAUGCAUUAUAAAGGAGAAUGGCACUUUCCAGUACUGAAAAGGGAGCAAUUGUUAAAAUUAACUAGAUCUUCAUCAGCUUAAAGGAUGAAAAAGAAGUUUUGGGAAACAGGAUAGCCCUGCUCUGUUAGAUGAAAUCAUUUGUGACGUCAGUUCCCCCAAAAUAACCAUUUGUAACUGAACUAGAGACCCGAUGCAUGAAAUUCGUGCAAUGGCUCAGUCCUCGCAGCCCUGGCUGCCUGGGCCCUCGCAGUCCCAGCUUCAUCCGGAAGGUUGUUCUGCUGCUUGGUCUAAUCAGCAUGUUAGCUCUUUAUUAUAUAGGAUAAGGGCAAGUGAUACGUGAAUUCCUAUGAAAGAAAAAUCUUUUAGGAGGUGGUAUCCACACAGUGACAAAGUUUCUCACAUUGAAAGGUGAGAAACUCAAAGCAAGCAGUUAUCUAUUUGAUACCUACCAGCUGUUUUGACAGAUGGUUUUGCCUGAGUGAGUGGUUCAGUGUUUUGGCAACCUGCCACACAUGUAUUUUAUUAAUGUUACAUAUUUUAUUUGGUUCCUAGUACACUUACACUCCACUUUAUAAAAAUCCAACAAAUGAAAAUCUGGAUUCAUUUUAGAGAUAUCAUGCCAUGUGCAUAUUUGUUUUACAGAAAUAUUUACGUCUGGAUUCCUUUCUCUCAUAAGACGAUGAAUUUAAAAUACCAUUUUAUGUAGAAACACUGCAUUUACACCUCCUUUAUUUCAUAAAGCAAAUUACCUUGGAACUUUGGCACUUGACCCAAAGGCCAAAACUUGAAAGACAUGUGAACUAGAAACACCAAACCCCAGGGCGGGGGAAAUUAUCGUGCUACUGUUUAAUGCAUUUCCCUAGCACUUAUUUUAUUGAGUCAGAGGGUGUUAGAGCUCAGAGUUACUGUAGAUGUCUCUUACUAGUAGGACUAUGGGAGGCAGCUGGGGAGUGAGGUCAUGCUUGCCCAGGGCCAGGUAACCCAUCAGUCACCUGGCCAGGCCUAGCACCUAAAUGCCUUACUCCCCUGUCCAAGGUACUUGUGCUACAUCACACUGAGCAGCUAAGCCUGAGAGAGGAGGGCACUCUGGGAGGAAUCUGUUUUCCACUGAAGACCAGCUCAUUAACCAACAGUGGCAGGAAGCUGGUGCUAGGUGUGGCUUGUGGCAUCCAUCCAAAUGCUAGACAGCUCAUCUCAUGUAUGUGUGUCUUUUGUUUGUCGUCUUUUCGGAGGUUCAGAGUGGUUGUUUCCAUCACACCCUUAGUUAGCCUUUUAUCAAUACAUGUGAUGCAAGCUGGUAAUCACUCCCCUGAAACCAGCCCCUCUGAUCACCGAGGCUGUUGAGAUACUGUGAACAGAGCUUUUGUUUUUCUGCAACAUAUGUUUUCAAAGUGGUCUGCUGCCUCUCAGAAGAAAGUAUUUCUCAAGGGAAUUGCAAGAUUAAUUAGUGCCCUUUCAGCUCUAUUACAACACGAUGAUGAUGUUGCUAAUAGAGGUAGAAACGUUCACCUUCCCGCUGUGGCAUCUGCUGAGUAUACACCACAAGCGUCCAGAGCACGUCCUUCCAAGACCGGGCGAGGCAUGGAGUGUUCACCCCUUGAGGAGGGUGGGGACUGUUCAACUCACGAGUAUGUGCAAUGGAUCCCCAAAUUGGAAAUACAUAUCAUACAACUGCAAGAGUGAGAUCGUAUUUUGUAAAUUAAAAUUGUAUUUGUGUUUACUUACUGUGACUACUGUUCAGACGUUAUUCAGAAAUCCUUUCUAUAGGCUUUCUUAGCAAAAACAAAUUAUUCCAUGUCUAUGAAUAAUGUCUCAAUCUUCUGUAUAUAUGUUUUAUUAAUAUGUAAAUACUUAGAUUUUUUAAAAUUACUAUGUUCUUUAAAAAAGUUCAACACAAGGCUAGUGGUGAGAAUGGUGUAUGACACUGUGCUGUGAUAUCAAUCCCCAAGACGCCCCCUUAUGCCCAUUCUGGAAGACUACAAUAAAUUACUUUAAUUGAAA